AUGAAUCCAUCUCACCCAUAUUUUCCUCAUAUGGAGAAUAUUGCGUACGGGUUCGAGAGAGCAACUCUGGAUCAAAUUGAAGAAGCGGCUAAGUUAGCUAACGCCCACAAUUUCAUCGUAAAAUUGCCCUCGGGCUACGACACGGUUGUUGGUGAGCGCGGUAGUAUGCUCUCGGGUGGGCAGAAACAGCGAAUUGCAAUCGCUCGAGCUGUGAUCCGAGAUCCAAAAAUUCUUUUGCUAGACGAAGCCACAAGCGCGUUGGACACCGAAAGUGAAAGAGUCGUACAAGAAGCGCUGGAAAAGGCGAGACAAGGACGAACUUGUGUGAUUAUUGCUCACCGUCUGUCUUCUAUCCAAAAUGCGGAUCUUAUUGUUGUUAUCAAAGAUGGGAUGGUCGAGGAGCAAGGAACACACCAGCAGUUGCUAGCGAGAGAAGGCCUUUACGCAGACCUGGUUAAUAAACAAGAUCUCAAAUAA